AUGGCUUCGCUGGUCACCUCCCUCGUCAACGCUCUGACAGGCAACGCGGACAGCCUCUGCUCCGUCCUGGCCGAUCAUGGCUACCAGGUUCAGUAUCCGCUCUCGCUGUCGUAUACGCACGACUUGACCAACUACUGGUCGGCGGCAUGCUGGGAUCUCCAUCCAGAAUGCAUGGUUGUGCCAAAAAAUGUCCAGGAGAUGUCGGAUGUAAUCACCGCGCUGGGAUACACGCAGGACCAAUUUGCGGUGAAAUCGGGCGGUCACUCGCCUAACCUUGGUUUCUCGAGUACGCAGGGCGGCCUGCUAAUCGUCACGAAGAAUCUCGAUCAGGUUGUGUAUGAUCCGUCCACCCAGACGGCCGUUAUCGGGCCAGGGCAGAAAUGGGAGGAUGUGCAGGGGAAGCUGGAGGUAACAGGGCGGGCGGUUCUCGGCGGAAGACUGGGAGGUGUAGGCGUUGGGGGGUUGCUUCUAGGAGGUGGUCUCAGCUACCUCAGUCCGCAGUAUGGCUGGGCAGCGAACAAUAUCCUCAACUACGAGGUCGUGCUGGCGAAUGGCACCAUCGUCAAUGCAAAUGCAAAUGAAAACUCGGAUCUCUUCGCUGCCUUGAAAGGUGGAGGCAGCUCUUUUGGAAUCGUCACUUCGUAUACCGUCCAGACACGCCCGAUGGACCACCCCGUUUGGGGAGGAAAUUACAUCUUUUCUGGCGUUGACACAGCGAAGAUGCUUGCUGCUCUCCAGGACUUUGUCGAGUACUACCCGGAUGAGAAGGCUUCAAUUAUUUUGACCAGAGAGCACGCACCAGCGCUCGAUAUUUGGGUCAUGUUCCUCUUUUAUGAUGGAGAGAAACCACCGGCGGGUAUCUUUGACAACUUCACUGCCUUGAAUCCAGUCGACCAGACCCGGACAUAUGACCGUUAUACCGACCUGCUCAAAAACGGCGACAAAUAUAUUAUUCACGGAAGCCGAUACAGCGUUGCAGGCGAAACCCUGCCGGUCCCAAAAGGCAUGUCGCCCGAGGUCUUGCAGUCCAUCUUUGAUUUUUGGCUUGACGUAAACAACGAGGUACUGCUGGAGACCGGUAUGGUGGGAAGCAUCGCCUUCCAGCCCUUCCCACGGAGCAUCGCACAGAAAGCCUUGGAGCUCGGAGGAGAUCUGCUUGACUUUCCCCCAGACCAGGACUAUAUUCUCAUUCAGAUCACCCUGCAGUGGAUACUGGGGCUGUCCGACGCUCGGAUGCACGAUGCCACGCAGAAGCUCUUCAAAGGAUUUGGUCGCUUGAUUAAGGAGUACAUUGCUAAUGGAACUCUGCCAGAUGUUUAUCGUCCGUUGUAUAUGAAUGACAUCGACGCUGGCCAAGAAUACUGGAGUCGACUGAGGACGCGGGAUCGGGCCCUGCAGACGAGACUCAAGUAUGAUCCUGCGGGAUUCUUUCAGACGCGGACCAGUGGAUUUCGCUUGCCCUAA